AUGCAAUCUGUCAACAAAUUGUUUGUAAAAUGUCAAUCAGAACCAGCUAAUGAAUAAAUCAUUUUCAAGACUGAAUUCUUUAAGUGCACUAAUCAUAAAUCAGUUCUGCUACUUUUAUGCAGUGAUGAACACAUCUACAAAAUAAAUGUAUUUUCUCAAUUACUUAGUUUUUAGAAAUAGAAGAUUUAUAAGGUUUCCCUUUAAUAUUUGAGAUUCAGUGUAAAAGCUGAAUAAACUAAUAAACAGACUCAAAAAUAGAUGAAAGGUGAUGAAUUUCAUACUUAAAUAUACAAAUUUACUUUAGAGAGAGAUGACACAGAUGCAAAUGAAUUUUACAACUUUAACUUCUAAACCAUGUAUUGGUUCGACAAUCUAAGAAACAAAUUAAACAUGCUUGACUAUUAAGUGAACUAUGAUAUUUCUAAAUUAAUCGGUAAAGGAACUUUUGCCUCAGUUUAUGAAGCAAAAUCGAAAUUUGAUAAUCAAAUGUAUGCUGCCAAAGCAUUUUAUAAGAAAACACUCUUUCAAGAUCCAAAAGGAAAAGUAUUUUAAAAAAUAUAUAGUUUAGGAACAAGUCGAAAAUGAGAUUAGAAUCAUGAGGCAACUCAACCAUCCAAACUUAAUAAACUUGCAUGAAGUCUAUGAGAAUAAAGCAUAGAUAUAUCUCAUCAUAGAUUUAGCAAGAGGAGGUUCACUUGAAUAUGCACUCAAAGUAUUAAAUGGGCCAGUGCCUUUCUUAUCAGCAAAAGUGAUAUUCCGUUAAAUAGUGGAAGGACUUAAUGGAUUACACGAAAAGAAUAUAAUGCAUAGAGAUUUAAAACCAGAUAACAUUCUCUUUAGAGAUUUUGUUCCCUUAAAAAGAUAUGGAUUAAUUCAUAUGGGACCUAAUAUAAUGGUCAGCGAUUUCGGUGUAUCAAGUGUAGUCUAAGAAAAACUCAAUGUCUAUCAAUAUACUGGAACACCAGGUUACAUGGCACCUGAAGUAUUUGAAACUGAAUUAGAUCCGAAAAAAACAUACAACGAGAAAUGUGAUAUAUUUUCUUUGGGUUGCAUUUUGUAUUAUUUAUUGAUUGGCAAACCACUUUUUGCCAAUAAAUAAGCAAAUAUUGAUAUGAAAAUUGAUUGGAUGGCUGUCGAAUAGGAAUUGAAUUCAAGUCAUUCUCUUACUAUGUUAUUAUAGAGGAUGUUAUCCCCAAAUCCUUAAGAUAGACCAUCUUGCAAAGAGAUCUUGGAAAACAAGAUAUUAGAGGUAGAGUAUGGAGAAGAUGGAGUUCCAUUAUUCAAGGACUUCCAAAGACCCAAAAGUAGUCCUCCAAAAAGAUUAAUAUAAGAGGAUCCUCAAAAAAAUAAAGGUAAGAGAGGUAGUGUUUUAAUGAACAAUAAGGCCAUUAAUAUGAUGCCAAUCAUGGAAGAAAAAUAAAGGGAUUCUGGUAAUCAUAAGUUUACCAAGAGAAAUACUAAUAUGGAAAUCCAAGACAUGAAAUCGAGUCAAAUAAGUGUAAAUCCCUAAUCAGUGAAAUAGGCGCGGCGUUCAUCAGCAAUUGUUCCUGGAACUGCUAAAAGACCAUCACAAUAAUGAUUAAAUUAAAUUAAAUUAAAUUUAA